AUGGAGCGGGUGUUGAUCGUAGGCGCCGGCCUGACGGGCAGUUUGUGCGCUGCACUUUUGCGCAGGGCGCUUCCGCAGCGCCCACUGCAAAUCGUGGUGUGGGAGAAGGCGCGGGGCGCAGGGGGAAGAAUGUCUACGAGCCGGAGCGCUCACGAUCCGAGGUGCACGGCAGAUCUAGGAGCUCAGUAUAUCACGCGGGAACCCGAAUAUGCCAAAAAACAUCAAAGCUUUUAUGAAGAGCUGUUGAAUCAUGGAGUGCUGAAGCCAUUGACAGCUACAAUAGAAGGAAUGGCAAUAAAGGAAGGAGUGGAGAAUUUUGUAACACCCCAGGGAAUUUCCUCCAUUGUCAAGCAUUAUUUAAAUGAGUCAGAUGCUGAGAUCCUCUUUGAGCACCAUGUUACACAAAUCUGCCUCAAGGAUGGGAAGUGGGAAGUCAGCAACAAUACAGGUUUCUUGGACCAGUUUGAUACUGUUAUUCUUACAAUUCCCGUUCCACAAAUUUUUCAGCUUCAAGGGGACAUUGCAAACACUUUUUAUAUCAUUGACUAUGAUAUCUUUCUGGCUUGCCUCUCAGAGUUGGAGUAUUGCUUUCUACUGAAGAUAGACUUCAGGAAGUAUUGGCUUCGUUUUUCUCAUGAGACUUAUCAUGUGGGAUCCCUCAAGGUUCAAAUUUGUCUCCUGUGCUGUUUUUACAUCUACAUGCAGCUGCUAUGA